GGCGGGCGGGUGGGCCCUGCCUGGCUGUUGAGGCGGGCGGGGCGGCGGCGGGAAGGGCAGGUGAGACAGCCCGACCGGGCGAUUGAGGCGGACGGAACGACUGGCGAGGCAGCCCAGCCGGGCGGGUGGUUAUUGACAUGUCAGCAGACAAUUGCCUGGGAAAGGCGUGUGGAGUGAGGAAGGCUCCAAAGCCCAGCCAGAGGGAGAGGCCACAGUAGCAAAAGGGACUGACCUCUAGUUACAGCAGAAAGGAAGAGGAUGGAUGCAGAUGUACUGAGGCAUGGGUUGGAGGUGGAGUCUCUCCCUGGACCUGACCACAACCAGCACCAUGCAGUUACUAACUGCUCUACCCUCACCUAUUGAUGCCUCCCAGGAAAAAACGCCGCCAAAUUUCCCAGAAACCCCAGCUGCUAUUCUGCCAACAACCACUGGAGGGCCCCAAACACUGCUAUGGGUCUCCCCAGCUUCCUAUCACCCACACUAGACAGGUGCCCAGCAAGCCCCUUGACGACAGCACCAUCACUUCCUGGGUAUCACCUCAGUUUGAUACAACAACAGAAAGCUGGUUCCCGGUCAACAGGAAACGUCAUUGCCGAGACCAGGCAAGGCGUUCAGGUCGACAGUCUACCAGCUCCAGGUUUCCACACCUAACAUUUGAGAGUCCACAGUCUUCUGCCAGUUCAGCCAGACCUGGGAUCCCCCUAAUCAGGGACUGUCCCGGUCAACCAGAAAAGGACAUUUCUGGAAGGCCCUUGGUUCCCAUGCUCAGCCCCCAAAGCUGCGGGGAGCUGUCAGCACAUGCACUUCAGAACUUCCCUUAUGUGUUCAUUCCACCGGAUAUCCAGAGCCCAGAGUCCUCAGGGCAGGGAGGGCCCAUUCCCUCGGUGCAGAGGGAAAACAGCCUUCCCAGCUGCUCCCUUCACACAAGCACGCCCAAGAGCCCAGAGCCCGGGCCUGUUCUGGUUAAAGACACUCCUGAGGAGAAGUACGGGAUAAAGGUCACAUGGAGGAGGCGACGACACCUGUUCACUUACCUCAGGGAGAGGGGGAAGCUGAGCAGAAACCAGUUCCUUGUGAAAAACUGACUGGGUUUCUCGGACAUCCGUGGUCUCAAGAAAUUGAUUGCUGGAGUCAAAAGGGAAUUGAAUUCCCAGAUUUGCUUUUUAAAAUAUCUUGUGUCAUAAACAGUUUUAGUGUCAUAAACAGUUCACUUUGUAUUUUCCUUGUAUUAGCUGUUUAAAAUUUUUAAAUAUCUUGUAACUGUUUAAAAAGUCUGUAAAUAAAUGGCUGCAGAAAGUU